ACUAACUGUUUUUUCUGUUUGUCAGUAUCUUGUUUAUAUUUGAUCGAGUCCACAGCAAAGCAAAAUGCAAAAGAUGGAGGUAAUUCAAGCUGUGAUUUAGUGUUGCAUUUGCUUGGCUGUGGUGGAGACUGAGAGAGAAGCUGAAGUGAUCUCUAGCCUGUAUUAGUUGGCAAUAGUAGACAGGCUGUGGUAGGAAAGGGAAGGCUUAAUUAAGCUUAAUGCCUAUUGACUCCACAAGGGUUAGUAAGGCGGACAUGUCAGUUUGUGGCCAUUCCUUAGCUGGGGUUGAAGAGAAAGCACCACCAAUCUCAUCAAGUGACUGCCGGGGAGGUUAAAUAUUUGACCAUUUCAAGUCCACAUAAUUUGAUAUCUUUUCAUUCAUUAUCAAUUCACUCAACUCUUUCUUACAGCGCACGAGUUACCACUAUACCAUUCACCACUUCAUCUGUGUACCAAGAAAAUAUAGAAGUAAACCAACCAAACUUGAGUCACCAUUGGUUCACUUCCACAAACCGAUUCUGAACUGCUUCAAGUCCCCGAAGCAGCAGUGUUGUCCUGGCGUGCGUUGCGGUGUGGUGUGCCUGAGUGUUGUGCGUUAUUUUGACCUGUGCUCCUUGUGCUGCGUUACAGUCCUUAAUUCCCAGCGUGGCAUUAGCAGGCAGUCACUCAUGGAGCCUUUUGAGCACCAAGACACCAUCAAGGAAGGAACAGAGAGGAGGAGCGGCACACACACACACACACACACACACACACACACACACACACACACACACACACACACACACACACACAAAGUUUAUACAUCCUUUCCUUAACUCACUCGUAUCACUUAACCACCACCACCACCACCACCACCACCACCACCACCAUGCUGUCCCUCCUGGCUACCAAAUGCAUCGUGCUCGUGCUGAUGACAGUGCUAACCCUCAGUGCCUGCUUCCUGCCUGUCCUCGUGCGCAGAGUGGCGGCAAAAGCACUCAGGCAAAAUGGAAUGAAGAUGUUCAUGAGCGGAUGCCUGUGUUUUGGUGGCGGCGUGCUGCUGGCCACCGUGUUCCUGCACCUGCUGCCCGAGACCAGGGACUCCUUCCACAAGGCCGCCACCGAGGGCUUCAUCCCCGACAUGGCCUACCCCAUGACGGAGCUGGUGGUGUGUCUGGGCUUCUUCUUCGUAUACGUGGUGGAGGAGGUGGUGCACUCCUGCCUGGGGCGCGGCGCGGGUGACGGGGGGCACAGCCACGGCCACGGCCACAGCCACCUGGGUCCCCUGCAAGCUGACUCCGCCCCGUCCCCAGCAAGGCCCCGCGUGAAGGAGACGGCUAUUGAUGGGGACGACGCCACUCUGGAGAAGUUCCUGCCGGAGGAGGAGGAAGGAGCGGCAGUGGCUGUGACGGCGGCAGCGGCGGAGGGGAAGGUGGCGACGCUGCGCGCUGUGAUGGUGGUCGUGGCUCUGUCACUGCACAGCAUCAUGGAGGGGCUGGCGCUGGGCCUGGUGCACUCUAACAAGGAGGUGUGGAUGCUGUUCGGCGCGCUGUCGGCACACAAGCUUAUCAUCGCCUUCUGCAUGGCCAUGGAGCUCCUCAGCACUGACGUGUCCCGCGUCGCUUUCUUCGUGUCUCUCACCAUCUUCUCCGUGGCCUCGCCGCUGGGGGGCCUUGCCGGCACGCUGCUGGUGUCCCUCACCACGCAGACCACGGCGGCGGGGCUGCUGGUGCCCACGGUGCUGCACGGCCUGUCUGCCGGCACGCUGCUCUACGUCACCUUCUGCGAGAUCCUGGAGCGGGAGCGCGGCGAUCCCAACAACCCCACCGUCAAGAUGCUGGGCCUGGUGGGCGGCUUCCUACUCAUGGCGGGCCUGCAGGUGCUGGACAUCAUGUACGCCCCGCAGGAAGAUGCCGGUUUGCCCAGCGACCCAUGCUCCGUGUUGGCCUCGCCCCUCCCUGCGUACAGCCCUGAGCCGGUGCCCUAUCACCCCGGCCAGAACUACUAGUGGUGACCUCCACGCCGCCCGCUUAUCAUCGCGCCACGCCGUGCCCUGCCCCCUCACGUGCCCGCUGUGUGACGCCCGACACUGAUAGUGGUGUGUGUGUGUGUGUGUGUGUGUGUGUGUGUGUGUGUGUGUGUGUGUUGUCAAAUCAUGACGUCCCCACAUACGACAAGGAAUGUUCUACCAAGACUUCAUACACUGAAUAAUAAACUAUUAUUAUUAUUA